UCGCGCUUCAGUAGUGCGCGCGCGAGCUAGAGCGUGUUCAGUUCAGUUCAGUUUCCUGGCGAUUGUAGUCAACAGUGAGAAGCACACACAGAGAAACGCUACAUGCGUUGAGAAACACGAGAAUUGACUGACACAUGCAGGAGCAGCAUGGGGAGAUCAUUACUGUCUGUCAGGAUAAGAAUAAGGAAGCAUAAGGUCUUCCUGUUGUUCUUACUGGGGAUUUGUGUCGUUUCCUUCCUUCAUUACUACAAAGCCCUGCACAAUAUUUCACUGCUGCAGGAGCUCUCAUCUUCCUCCACCCAUCAAAAGACCCUGAAGAUGUUAAGAGGGAUCUUCUGGAGUUUUCCGGCUACUGACUUCCACUCCCAACAAGACUUCUACAGACACAGCCACCUGAAGACUCAAUAUGACUCAAAUGUGAUUCUGCCAGAUCCUCCAGGUGAGAAACUUCAUGAACGUACCUUUGCACUCCAUGAUGAUUCCACACCCUUUUUCAUCCACACCAAAUCCGGAGCUGUGUGCUUCCGUGAGGGUACGGAUAUGGCCGCCUCUGCUUCUCACCGCAGGUUACUGCAACAUAACUCCAAAAACGACACAAUCAAUGCAGGCAAGAAGGUGUUUCAGUGUCCCUGUCGGCAGGGUUGGCACGGCCUUCACUGUGGCAUACCUACAAUUGUGUAUCACUCCAAUCUCCCGUCCAAGUCAAAAGUAAAACCCAGAGAAGUUCCACGCCGAGUCAUCAAUGCCAUCAACAUCAACCAUGAGUUUGACCUACUACACGCUCGAUUUCACGAGCUUGCAGAUGUUGUGGACGUGUUUUUGGUUUGCGAAUCUAACUUUACCGCGUACGGUGACGCAAGACCUCUUUAUUUCCGGCACCUGCUCCUAAACGGAACGUUCGAUUACAUUAAGUACAAGAUUCUGUACGUCUUCCUGGACCACUUUCCAGUGGGCGGCCGUGAGGACGGCUGGAUCAUGGAUGAUUACCUGCGCACAUAUUUGACCAAAAAUGGAAUGUCAAGGAUUGAGGGCCUCAAAGCGGACGAUGUUUUCAUCAUCGAUGAUGCAGAUGAAAUUCCUGCUCGAGAUGGAAUCCUUUUCCUCAAACUCUACGACGACUGGACGGAACCGGUUGGGAUACACAUGCGCAAAUCCCUAUAUGGAUUUUAUUGGAGGCAAUUCGGAACGCUAAACAUCUUAUCUGCUUGCACGGCAGCUAUGCUCUUUAAGGUUUACAAGGGUGAUGGGAUUCUUCUUCGCCGCCGAUCCUAUUAUUCAAUUCCGGGAUUCCGGGAAUAUGAGAACUCCACGGGACGCAUUCUAGUACCGUGGGCCAUCGGAAGCCCCGUUCACUAUGCUGGAUGGCACUGCUCUUGGUGUUUCAAACCAAAAGGGAUUUAUUACAAGCUCAUAUCAGCUCAGAAUGGAGACUUCCCACGUUGGGGCGAUUACGGGGAGAAACGGAAUAUAAGUUAUAUUAAAGAGUUAAUACGUACAGGGGGUUGGUUUGAUGGGUCUGUACCAAACUACCCACCCACAGACCCCAAAGAGCAUAUGUAUGCUCCCAAAUACCUCCUGGAUAACUAUAAUAAAUAUCGCUACUUGCUGGAGAACCUAUUUGCCAAAGAGAAACGUUAAGAAAAACGGAUCUGUUUCAAAUGGGCAUUUACUAAGAUAACCUGAUGUUU